CCGCCGGCCGGCUGAGGCGCGCCGCCAGGCCCCACCGCCGGCUCGGGCCCACUGGCAAGGAGGUGCACGCUCUGAAGAGGCUAAGGGACUCAGCCAAUGCCAACGAUGUGGAAACAGCAGCUGCUGGAAGAUGGCGCGGAUCCCUGCGCAGCUGACGACAAGGGCCGCACUGCUCUGCAUUUCGCCUCCUGCAACGGCAACGACCAGAUUGUGCAGCUGCUCCUGGACCACGGAGCCGACCCUAACCAGCGAGAUGGGCUGGGGAACACGCCACUGCACCUGGCUGCCUGCACCAACCAUGUCCCUGUCAUCACCACACUGCUGCGAGGAGGCGCCCGUGUAGAUGCCCUGGACCGAGCUGGCCGCACACCCCUGCACCUGGCUAAGUCGAAGCUCAACAUCCUGCAGGAAGGCCACUCCCAGUGCCUGGAGGCUGUGCGGCUGGAGGUGAAGCAGAUCAUCCAGAUGUUGAGGGAGUACCUGGAGCGCCUGGGGCGGCAUGAGCAGCGGGAGCGGCUGGACGACCUCUGCACCCGCCUCCAGAUGACAAGCACCAAAGAGCAGGUGGAUGAAGUGACCGACCUCCUGGCCAGCUUCACCUCCCUCAGCUUGCAGAUGCAGAACCUGGAGAAGAGGUAGCAAGAGAGGCCCCCGCCUUCCUGCUGCGCCGCUCCCCUACCUGCCCCGCUUU